AGGAUCCCACAAGAAUCACUUUAAAACACAAGGAGCACUGAUGGGACACCGGAGAAGAAAAGUCCUUCACUUUGGGCUACGAGUUCCUUCAGCGCAGCCUGAGGAGGACGAGAUGAUCUGAUGUUAAUUGAUCAAAUGCCACGUUAGGUUGACAAUUAAGAAGUCGUCAUGUUUUCUGCGCAGGGAGCUGCUGCCUUCGCUCUUUUCCACAGUGUCAUGAUAGUGACUGCACUGAUAGACGCGGACGAUGUCAUCACACGAGAUGAGCAGAUCUACGUGCUGAUUGGUGCCCACGCCAAGUGUGAAAGGAGCAUCCAGGCCCAAAUGGCCCUGUUUAAAGAAGGUGACUGCAUCCCGGAGUGGGACGGGAUCAUCUGCUGGCCACAGAGUCGGGCAGGUCAGCUGGUUUCAGUGCUGUGUCCAGAGUACAUCUACGACUUCAACCACAGAGGGCGAGCCUACCGCCAGUGUGACGCAUCUGGGAGCUGGGAGCAAGUGCCCAGCAUCAACCGCACAUGGGCCAACUACACCGAGUGCACCACAUACCUGACCUCCAACCACAGGAGCCAAGAGGAGAAGGUGUUCAAGAGGCUCCAUCUCAUGUACACUGUCGGCUACUCCAUUUCACUGGCAUCGCUGAUGGUGGCAGUGUCCAUCCUCUGCUAUUUCAAGCGUUUGCACUGCACACGCAACUACAUCCACAUUCACCUCUUCACCUCCUUCAUAUGUCGAGCAGUCAGCAUCUUCGUGAAGGACGCAGUGCUCUACACCAUAUCUGAUGACGGCAACGCUGAGCCAGAGUUCACGGCACUGAGGCCCCAUAUGGCCGGCUGCAAAGUUGCUGUUACUUUCUUCCUGUAUUUCCUGGCGACCAAUCAUUACUGGAUCCUGGUGGAGGGGUUGUACCUACACAGCCUCAUCUUCAUGGCCUUCCUCUCUGACAAGAACUACCUGUGGGCCCUCACCAUCAUCGGCUGGGGUGUCCCGGCUGUGUUUGUGUCCAUCUGGGUCAGUGCUCGAGCAUCGCUGGCAGACACACAGUGUUGGGACAUCAGUGCAGGAAACCUGAAGUGGAUCUAUCAAGUCCCCAUUCUGGCGGCCAUUGUGGUGAACUUCCUGCUCUUUGUCAACAUAAUACGUGUGCUGGCCUCUAAACUGUGGGAGACAAACACAGGCAAAUUGGACCCUCGGCAGCAAUACAGGAAGCUGCUCAAGUCCACAUUAGUCCUCAUGCCCUUGUUUGGAGUCCACUACAUGGUGUUCAUGGCUCUUCCCUACACCGAGGUGACCGGGCUGCUGUGGCAGGUGCAAAUGCAUUACGAGAUGUUCUUCAAUUCAUCCCAGGGCUUUUUCGUGGCAUUUAUCUACUGUUUCUGCAAUGGGGAGGUGCAGGCGGAAGUGAAGAAGGCGUGGUUAAGACGCAGCCUCACGCUGGACCUCAAGCAGAAAGCCAGGAUGACGAGCAGCGGCGGUGGGGGCAGCUGUUACUACGGCGGCAUGAUGUCACACACCACCACACAGAGUGUCAGCUUAUCUGCUGCCAAUCCCAGAGCUAUUCCCUUCACUGGAGGUGUGGUGGGCUCAGGUGGGGCGGCCGGUGGAGGGCUCGGGGUCAGACAGCCACGGCACAUCUCUCUCCACCCACAGAGCAGCCUGCCUGGAUACGUGCCAGGUGAUACUGAGACCCCCCAACAGGAGCUGGCUGUGCGGAAAUCAGGGGGGACGGAGUCUGGAGUUUUUGCGAGGCAUGCCAGAGCCAGCAAAGGGAAUCAUGACUCCAAAGGUCAGGGAGCAUCUGCAGCUCAAACCCCAGCAGAGGAUCCAGACAGCUCGUUGUCUCUGAAAGAGCUGGAGACCAUCCUGUGAUUGUCUGGAGAAAAGAUGAGCUAUUUUAAAAUGACACUGAAGGCCUUUAAUUUGUAUUGUGGACCAUUUUGGGUUUUUUUUUGUACUAUUAUCCUAACUCUCUUAAGUUAUAAACAACACGUCUUGAUGGAUAUUUAAAGGUGCACUAUGUAGUUUUGGGGAAUACAGUUUAGAGAUUUUUUUAAGUCAGUAUGACUAAAUAAGCUGAAUAAACAAACUGACCUUCAAGGACAGGUUUUACUUUGUUUACAUUUGGCGGACCCUGCCACCUUUAGCUUCAAACAGUGUUCUGGGUAACUUAUUGUCCUCUGAGAACAGCUUGUUUCUUGUUUCUGAGUUUGUAUUAGAAACCUACUUAUAAUGUAGAUAUCAAACUAGUUUUUCUCCAAAACUGUACGGUGCCCCUUUAGUCUGUCAGAUUAUGCGUUCAACUGAUGUGAAAGGAAUUUUUAAACCGAUUAACGAAGCUGAAUUAUCUGUGAAGACACGAUGCUGUGGAGAAUGUAGAGUACAGAACUGGAUGUUUGAACAGAGAGACAUUUGUCUGCCUCUUCACAUCUUUCCUGUGUUGGAUUUUCCAGGCCAGACUGGCUGACCCCAGUUCAAACUGCACUUAUGUGUGUGUGUGUGUGUGUGAGUGUGAGUGUGAGUGAGCGGCCGCUGUCUGCCAAUCUGCUGUAGCUAUCCUUUUUUCCAAAUAUUGAUCUACAGACAUAUCACCUCCGCAUUUUAUGAUGGAGGACGGAUUGCUCCAGUCUGUAGGAAAUUUGACCACCUUUGUUGGUAAAAUAACUAAGAUGACGAUGAAUAUGUUAGGCCAGUCUGUCGGACACGUUUAUCUUUUUUAGAUAGGUUGGUUAACUGUCCACAUUUGAUUAUUCCUAGCAGUCAUGGUGUCCACACAGCACGUCUAGACACCCUUGACUUCCCUCUUCCCCUCUGUCGACGACCACGUUGUGGACUUAAACCUAUUUAUCAGGACUGACAGGACCCUGAGGGGCUGAUGCACAAACGGUUUACCCAUCGCAGACCAAACCUUGGCUCCUUCCUCCGUGCGACCUCUGCCCCCGCUGCCCUCACAACACCAUCCAGAAUUUCACACACUCCCCUGAGGCCUCGACUCAGAGCAGGAGGCACCUGAGCCAUUUGUGGACCUCAAGCGUGAGUGACAAACCUGCAGGACAAGCCACCAGUAUUCACAAGAGAGACAGACAGGAGGUUCUCCCUGUAAAUAUGUUUUAUUGUUUUAAGUGUCCAGGAAAAGAGAAAAGGUGUACAGUGUAAGACAGCUGUAA